AUGCGGCAACCUGAUUUUGAGCAAUGCAAACAGAAUUACAUGAGCAACAGGACAGCGCAACAGUACUAUGGUUGGACCGGAAAAGUCAUCGGCAUCCAGCCGAACAACUAUAGCCAGAUCAGCACUGCGGGCUGCCGCGAUCUCUGCGGAACGGGCAGCGACUACUACCCGUGGAGCCUCGCGUCGAGCACCAUCACGACGUGGAUCUUGCCCAUUAUCGGCAUCCUGCUACAAGCUCCGUUCGAGAGCAACGCCUUCUGGCGCACAGUACUGGCCAUCGCGAGAUGGGUCGGCUCACCAAUGGCGAGCCUGGCCUACAUCUUGUGGAACAUCAAGGUCUCCGCCAAGUGCGCGCUUAUGGUCGACAUGGCCACGCGUUGUGACGAGGACAUCACCAAUCAGGACAGCCAUUUCGCCAGCAUCCGCGACUCGUUCUACAUCCUGACGACUAUGAAUCAGUACACGAUGAGGCGCAGCGAGGCCCUAAACAAGGAAGCCGAAGGCUUGCUGCGCAUUGUGCUUUUCAGCAAAGACAUCCAGCUCCGUGGCAAAGACGGCAAGGAGAAGCGUCUCAACGAGGUGCGGCAGAACCUGGCACGCAGAUUCCGCGCGGCUCGCAGGCGCGGCGUUGUACCGGUGUUCGUGUCGACGGGAUGGUUUCUGUUCUCCAUCGGCAUCUCCAUCCAGGCCUCUUUCGGGCAGCUGGGCCAAAACGCCACCGCGCACGACCUCGCUCUCGGCCUCCUGCUCGCCUGGCUCCCCGUGCUCAUCCUCUGCAGCAUCGUCGACCGCAAUCCCGUGGCGGCAGAGGAUAUCCGGCGGAAGCUGAAUAAGCUUGUCGACACCGUGUGCCGAUCCCUGCAGGAUGAUGAAAUCAGGGAAGAGUUUAUCGACACGUUUGAAGGCCAGCCCGAGAGCGAACGGAAGCGCAUGGAGGCGUGGGUCCGGCAGAUCAGCCGUCAGAGCGAGUACAUGCAGGACUUCUUCGUCUAUUUCGCUGGCCAGGGCCGUGUCCGUUGGCAUUACGGAGCGGCCCAUCCCAUCCUCUCUGAUAUCGAGAAGAGCUACGUCACAGCCCACGGGCGCGGAUGGCUUGCCAAUGAGGCUGAGGCACGUACCCAUCUUGUGCUCGGUACUGUAGACGAAGGCUUGCUUUGGUUCGAUUUUCGCGAGCUGUGGCAGAUUUGCAGUGCUGUACUGAUUGUAGGGGGCACAUGUUUCGGCGCAUUCAUUCUGUCAUACUACACGCCGACGGUGGGCCUCGGUUGCAGAAGCGGCGGAUACGUCAUAUUCUGCAUUAUAUCCUUCUCGCAGCUAGUGUUUGAGCUUUUGGUAUGGUGGUUCGCAUCUCCAGUCCGGCCAGAGCAGCCUCACUGGGUAAGGCGGAGCAUCACGCACGUCCAACAGAAGCACAUGGUCAUCAAGAUGGAGGAAAGAGCGCACGACAUGCUCCAACGCUUCGCCCGCGCAGGCAAAAACUUACUUUCCAGAUCAUUCUCCCGGCUCCUCGACGUCCUCCCAUUCCCUCCUCGCUUCAAAGCAAACGUCAAGUCCUCCCUAAAGCACCAAGCGCAAACCCGUCGCGACUGGACCUUCCAACAAUGGACCGAGCACUGCUUCUUCCGCCCCAUGGAGAUCCUAAACUCGACCUGGCUCCUCUACAUCGUCCUCGCGCAGACAUUCGGCUCGUACCGCACAUGCGACUGCAUGACCAGCACGUGGGGCUCGUCGGGCGGCUACAUGGACUUCCUACAGAGCGACCUCACCACCAGCCCGUGGGUGCGCUGGUACUGGUCCGCCGGCACCGCCGCCGGCACGUUAAUCAUGGCGCUCGGCAUGGCCUACGUCGUCGGCGAGUGGUGCCAGCAGUCGCACCUCAGCACCGACGACUAUGCCGCCGCUUGUCGCGGGCUGCGCCGCACGCGGGCCUAUCGCCGCUGGACGUACCGCCCUUUUCGCGUGGUGGCCCGCGCGGUGCUGUUCCUUGGCCGUGGAGGCAGGGGGAGUAGCAGUUUGCAUUGGUUGCCGGAUGGGCGCGGGUAUCGGCAAGCACGGCGGGGAGAAGGAAGAGGAGGAGCGGUGAUGGGCGCGCCAGGCGAGAUUGCGAUGGCUCCCACGACGCCGCCGCGUGUGGGGCCGCUGGGGGUUACGCCGAGUAUUCAGUUGCAGGAGUGGGUGGAUGCGGGGCCGUAUGGUGAGCGUCGUGGUGGUGGUGGUGGCGGUCGGCAGCGCUACCGCUCGGUGUCGCUGGAUACGUUUGAUGAGGAUGGGUUUUAUUACGACCAGCAUCGUCAUCAUCGCGGCGUGUCUAUCGCGUCCUCGUCGACACCGACCAACACCACUGUGGAGUUCAGCCCGCCGUAUUUCCCGGGUAGCAGGGGCGUGAGGAGCAGGAGCAGGAGUAGGGGGGAGAGUGAUGCGAGUACGAAAGGGCUAUUGGCUGGCGGAGCGGGGCAGCGUCCGGAUGACGUCGUUGUGGGGGUGAGAGAUGAUGAGGUUGCACGUGGUAGUUGGGGAGAUGAGAUGAGGAGUGCCCUGGAGUCGGCGAGUCAAGUGGGGAGCGCGUUGGGGGCGGAGGAAAGGGGGGAGGGGAGGGAGGAGGCGGUGCUGCCGCCGCCACCCCCGGCGGCAAGGAGGAGUGUGGAGUUGUUGGGUGUGGGGGAGGGAGUGGCUGGAGGGUUGGGACUGCGGCCGGCGUAUGUGAGGAUGGGCACGGAUGAAGCUGGACGGGAGGCGAAAUGA